AUGAGAGUUCGUCCUCAUCAUUUGCAAUGUUUCCUUUUCGGCCUCUUGGCACUCAUUGGUCUCCAAAUCGCAUUGUUUGAUAAAAUCUUCGAAUGUGCAGGAGACGUAGACGAGGGCGUCCCUCUUCGAUUCCGCAAUCUGCGUCAUGGUGAUACAGUGGAUCUAAUACACGGACAAGCUGACGAAAACAGCGUGGAUGAAGAUUUUGAAGCAGCUAGUGGAUGCAUCUUAGUUUGCGACGACAACCAUUUCUUGAUUGAAUGGAUCGCAUAUCAUUACCAUGUACUCAAUUUACGAACUUUGAUUGUUACAUCUGAUCCCAACAGCCGCACGUCACCUCAGCCAGUACUAGAUAGAUGGAAAGGUCUCAUCGAUAUUCAAUAUUGGGAUGAGUCUAGAUUUCUGGACCCAGAUGAUAUCACUUGGUUGGAAAGAUCAAAGAAACUGCAAAUGCACAGACUGCGGCAACGAUCAUUCAACAAGGAGUGCCUCCGUGAAUUGAAACGACGCGACAAAGGUUGGACUAUUUUGACCGACACGGAUGAGUUUGUGACCCUGAAUCCCAAAUUGAACGACACAAGGUACGAGAGUCUCUAUACGUCGAACCUUACAUCCAUACGUGAACCAGGAUCUGUCAUGGAUUAUUUGAAAGAUAUUGCAAUUCCAAACGAGAACAUUUCUGCAUUUACUCCCUGUAUCCCAAUCCAUCGAUGGCAAUUUUCCUCUCGUGAGAGUACUCCGGAAGAAGUAGAGAAAGACGUCCCAGCCGAAUUCCAAGGGUCCGAUUUUUUGACCCUUCGUUGGAGGCGAUUUGGGGCUGAAAUGAAAUACUUUCAAACGAUGCGAGGGGACACAUGCGGCAUUCAACGUAGGGCUGGACCUGUUAAGACGAUCAUCGACUUGUCUCGAUUAAGACUGGUUGAUUUAUUUCACGAAGAUGUCGAAGGUGGUCCUCACAGGCCAUUGGAAUCAAUUUGUGGUCUAUAUGAUGCUUUUGUCACACCAGGAUAUGUUGCACUCGUGAUACACCACUUUUUAGGUAGGUUGGACCAAUGGACAUAUCGAGUGACGGACAAUCGGGGAGCUGGUUAUCGACUUGCCCGAUUCAAGGAUAUGAACGAUUACAUCGGAUUGUGGAAGAGCGACCACUUACGCCUGUGGCUUCAAGGGUUUGUUGAAUCGGUUGGAGAAAACGAGGCAUCGCGCCUCCUCGCCGACGUUGGGAAACUUCAGCCGUUGCCAGGUCAAUUGGCAUCACCUUCUUUCAACAAAACACUAGAAGAAGAUGAUACCAAGACGCCAAAGUACGAAGUCGGAGACAUCGUACUCGCUGAUUGGCGCAACUAUGGACAAUGGGACUGGGCUCACAUCACAGCGGUAUUUGACGGUGGAUUCUACAACGUCAUGUUUAUCCAUGAUUGUAGUGAAGACUUGGGAUUAGGAACAGAGAGAUUGAAGAAAUCCGGUAGGGCAUACAGGACUAAUUUGACUUAUGAAGAGCUUAUGGCAAAAGGCAACCCCGCAGCAAUUGUUGGUUAUACCGACAAUGUACCAGCUUGGGUCAGAACUCAACAAGUUUCAGUCGAAGCAAGAGCAGACGAAGAUGACGACGCAUCAGAAGAGGACGAGGCGGAAGUGGAUGAGGCAAAUGAAAAAGAGGGCGGAGAAGAAAGCUCUGAUUCCAAAGAGAGCAAUGACGAGUAA